GUGGAAGAGAGUCAGAGGCGGUCAAACAAUGACUUGGGAGCGAAGUAUGAAAGCCAUUACCAGCAAACUCAGCUGCGCUGGUCACUGCCGUCUUCCUGGAUGGGGACCCCGAGACGGGCCACAUCAAUGGCUAGAGACAUUAUCAGACAUGGCCCAGUCGCCCCCCCCCCCCCAAAUGGCGCUCAUGCAUCAAAGCUAUUGCCUUCAAUGCGUGGCUUCUUAUCCACCCACCCCCCGCUUGACAACCCACUGACAGUGCUGGAUUUACGCACCAAUUUACCAGCUCGUGGAUGCAAUGCGCAGCUACCCACCCACCCUCCAAUCAUCGGUGAACGAAACUGCGGCAGCUACAACCACUGUACGACGAGUACGCGGUUCUUACAGCUGACAAUAAUGAUGAUGAUGAAUGAUUCCGUUUCAUCUCUUUGCCUGCAUCGUCCAGACCAACAACGCAAAGCAGAGUUAUGGGAAAACAUACUACUCGCACGCGUAAUCAGUAGUACCCAAGUUACAUUGGUAGCCAUUGUGUGUCAACUUUUU